AGAAACUAUUUAUGUUCCGGUAGCUGACGUGUGCCCGGGCAAGCUAAGCUAGUUGCUAAAAACAAAACGGACUGAUUUAAAUGUGUCUUUAUCGCUCCACAUUUGUGUUGUGGUUGUUCCGUAAGUGAUGAAACGAACACGUAAAGUGUCGCGGUUUGAUUGAGUGAGUUUACAGUCAGUUCUCUGGCGGGUCAGUAGCCACUUCUUGUCGGCGUGGUGACCCUCUGAAACUCCCCCGCUGCUGCUCCAGGAGCCAUGGAGGCUCCGUCCUCUCGUCUGCCUGCCUCCCCCGGUGCUCCGCUCAAGCUGGCGGCCAGAAGAGACUCCUCAGCCGGGGAGGCAGAUUCUGAUUCUACUCGGGAAAUUAAAAGACACUUUCGCGUGUGUCGCUUCAUUAUGGAGACGGGCGUGAAGCUGGGCAUGCGCUCAGUGCCCGUGGCCACAGCAUGUGUGCUGUAUCACCGCUUCUUUAAACGUGUCAACCUGGCUGCGUAUGAACCUUACCUGGUGGCUAUGAGCUGUCUGUACCUGGCCGGCAAAGUGGAAGAGCAACACAUUAGGACCCGUGACAUCAUCAACGUAAGCCACAGGUAUUUCAACAGUGGCAGUGCUCCUCUAGAAUGUGAUAAGGAAUUCUGGGACUUGAGGGACAGCGUGGUGCAGUGUGAGCUCGUCAUUCUCCGGCAGCUCAACUUCCAAGUCUCCUUUGAACACCCUCACAAGUAUUUACUGCACUACCUGUUGUCCGUGAAGUCUCUGGUGAACCGUCACGCUUGGUAUCGAACCCCUGUCGCCGAGACUUCCUGGGCGUUGCUUAGAGACUUUUACCACGGAGCCAUGUGCAUCCACCACACGGCCCAACACAUCGCCAUAGCGAUGGUGUACCUGGCUAUAAACAGCUACGGAGUGGAGCUUCCUGACGGGGAGAAACAGUGGUGGCAGGUGCUGUGUGACGACGUGACUAAAGCGGACAUCGACGCCGUGAUCUCAGAUCUCCUUCAACUCUAUGACAUGGAGGCUAAGUGUAUCUAAUGGACACACCAGCAAGAGCUGGACACAGGAGACGCAUAAGGGUUAUUUUUUGUGUGUGUGUGUGUGUGUGUGUGUGUGUGUGUGUGUGCAGAAAG